AUGUCACUCCGGGGUCGCAAUACCGACCCUAGGUCUACGGGACCACCCCACACUCAAGAUCAGCAUGAGGAACCCACCGAGCGUUCAAGACUGCUUGGUGCAGAAAAUAAUCAUGGCUUCCUCGACCCAGACGAUCCCGCAGUAUCGCCAUACAAUCUAUGGAGCGUGCGCGCGUUGCGCGGCGUCUCGGUCAUCGCAUUUGGAAUCAGCUUCAUAUGGUGGAUAUUCCUGCUGGUCUCCAUAUUUGUCAAUCCACCGAUGAUCCACUCGCGGGGGUCAGGGUUCUUCGCCUUUUCAUAUACCACCUUGGCGACAGGAUACCUCGUUGUUGGACUCUUGUUCUUCGCAGUACCAUCAAAGCCCAUGACCAUAUGGGCCAUUACGCUUGCCGUUCUUCUUGUAUUGGACAUGUGUAUUAUCCUCGCUGUCCCGCGGAUCCGUCUUGAAGAGGGCUGGGUGGGUAUUGCUUCUGUUGUCUGGGUAGCUCUGAUAUCCAUCUACCAUGCCAUCCAGAAUCAAGCGGUUGCUUGGGGCAAGCGGGAGGAAGAAGAGCGACUUACUGGUCGAGAAGAGACUCGACGCUCCCUGCUGGAGUGGAGUGCUGUUCUCACGGAAACGAUUCUAAUGGCUGCCAUGGGGGUCGCCACCAUCCUGUUCACGGCGACUCUGAUCUUGCGUGCUUUCGAUGCUGGGCUCGAAGCUCCAGGUAAGCGGUACUCGGUGCAUGGCAAUACCUAUCAAGUUCAUCUCGCUUGUGUCGGGAACAAAACUGCAGACGGAAAUGCACCAACGAUCCUUCUGGAGGGUGGCGAUGGGCCAGUCGAGCAUACACUGCAACCCUUCAUCGACGAUGUAUACGGCCGUGGCGGUAUUGACAGAUAUUGUUAUUGGGACCGACCAGGAUUCGGAUGGUCUGACAACGCACCCUCGCCCCAUUCUGCGGGCAUGUCAGCGGAUGCCCUAGCAGAGGCAUUGGCCUUUGCAGGCGAAACUGGUCCAUGGAUACUCGUUUCAGCUGGAGUUGGAAGUCUUCAUUCGAGACUUUUUGCCAGUCGCAAUCUUCUUGAAGUUCGCGGCAUCUUUAUGAUCGACCCCCUGCACGAGGCAUACUUGAGAGACCUUGGCCGUCCCGGCCGUGGGUUCUUGCUCUGGCUUCGUGGUAUCAUUUCUCCACUGGGGCUGGAUCGGCUUGCGGGCGCCCUUUUACGCGGCCGUUCUCGCGAGGACCGCGUUAUCGGCCGCUCGGCUUAUCAGACUGGUAAAUAUAUCAAGGCAAAGCUGCAGGAAAACCUCGUGGCUGUUACUAUGACUUCCGCCGAGAUCAAAUCUGCUCGACAUGUCCAGAUGGGUCAUGCUCCUGUUGUCGUUGUGAGCUCUGGGCAAGAGGUUCGAAAGAAUCCUCAGUGGGAAGAGCGACAGGAGGAUCUUUCUCAUAUCACAGACAACCUCUUGUCCUGGGAUAUUGCUGAGGAUGCUCCACAUGAAGUAUGGAGUACUGGACAGGGACGGGAGUUAUUGGAAAGACAUUUGAAGGAGCUUGUCCAAGAAAGUCAGGCACAUUAG